CUUUGACGACUAAUACCUCUCCUUCAUCGUAAUUGUCUUUCCAGACUUUCCGUCAGACUUGUCGUUUUUGAAUUUUGGGGUAGCCUUAAUCGAAGGGAGCUCCCAAACCGCUAACUAGUUGGAUUCUGCAGCAGCAUUCUAGAGAAGGAAUCGUGCCACGAGCCCGUGCGGCAGGAGAUCCUUAGCCUCUUGUAGUGUUUUACGUUUACUUACCGCUGUUAUUGUCGAGUGACGGACGCUAUAGCUGCCUGCUUUGCAGCUAGUACCUUGGGGUGCAAUCAUGACAGCUCCGGCCAUACCAGGUGGCCCGGGAAAUGAAGUGAUAUCCAGCGAUACCACUUACGGAAAACUGCUCGAGCAGCUCAUUGCUCAGGAAGUGGUGGAUCAGCAUAAAAAGGAUGCAGCCGUGAUUAUCGAUAUAUUGCGCACUCAAGGGCAACCCGAUGCACAGAUAUGGGCAACUCUAAUACAAGCCCGACGAGCGAAAUUAAAGAGGCCCUUUGCAUCACAGGAGCAUGAAGGGCAGCAAUUGCAGAAUGGCAUGUCUACGAAAGUUGCAGCGGUUGCACAGCGGUUUGCCGCCAGUAAUGUUAUGUCUGUGUCAGCCAAGCCAUCAGUGCCACUACCGAUCACUUCAGCGGCGCCUUUAGUGACUGCCCAAGUCAUUGUUGGCGCUGCAGAAGCCGCUCAACCGUCUGCUAUUGUCGUGGAUCGUCAUCCAUCACCAGCAGUUACCAAUCCUGUCAACGCACCAAAUGUUCGAAUAACAAAGUCUCCUCGUGCUCAUCCACCUCCGCCGCAACUCCCGAAGCCGCUUCCUGUCCGGCCUAUGGCAGUUCAACAGGUAGCCCAACCCCCAAGGCAGGUCACUUGUACGACCGUGGACGACAGAGUGAAUGGAUCAGAUCAGGAACAGCGGAAGACAGUACACGCGGCUGAGGUUGACUCCCCGUCGUCUACUAUUCCUCAAACAGGGAAAGUCGGUCAAUCAAGUGAAAUUCUGAUAGGCAUGUCAACAGCUACGGAAGUUUCACUGGGAUCUCAAACUAAGGGUAUUCCCAGCUACGAUAGCAUGGAUGAAGCAGCGUUGAUACGGCAGCUCCAAGCUAAACAAGAAGAUGUGACGAAGUAUGAGAAGUUAGCUACGAUUGCCAGAGCGGAGGCAAAGCGCUUGAAGAAAGCUCUGUUGAGAAAGCGGAAACGGGUAGAGUCUACAGACAGUGUUCUUCCUAAUGGAGAACAACCAACACUCCUUCCUGGCGUUGACGAUACCGUGCAGCAAACGCAGGUUGAUAAACUACCAAAAAAGAAGCGCAAGUUGCAGGAUAGUCUGACGGAGCCAACAAAAUCAAAUACAGCUGGUCAAGCUAGCAAGUCACUUGCAGGCGAGAGUGCGAUGGAAACGCCAAAGGAAUUGCCAAACAUUGUUGGAGAACGCCAGGCCGAGGCAAGACAGAUUCAGACUCAGAUUACUCCAAAGGCAAAGCCUUUGGCAAGUAAACCAUGGACUUUGCGCAUGACCGAGGACGAUGAUGAAGUAGGGUUCACGACGGCUGGUCCUGUCAAGAUUAAUGUCACAUCAACGCGUCAAGGAAAUGAUGCCCCGCAAAAUACCCAAAUGAUCGAAGUCCCCAGUUACGAUACCAAGGAACUCGUCACAGACAGGACGCAAAGCGAGAAGACAUCUAUCGCCGUGAAAAUGUCGGUAUCUAACAUACGCAUGCCAUCUGAGCAUGAUGCAGUUGAAGUCGCAUCUACCGCGAAGGGAGCGACUCUAUCCCCUCGUGAGCAGCGUGAGGCAGAAGUUAGAAAAGCAAUGGAGAGGGAUGAAUGGGCAAAGCGCCAGCGCGCAAGCGAAUCAAGCAAGCAAAGACCUCUUUCGCUUGAUUCCGACUACGGGCAAAUCAUUCAAGAGUAUCAGCAAAAGGCACAGUCCGUGUACAACGAGCGAAUGGCGCUAACGAAGAGAUCGAGUAUUGUGGAAGAGGUGACAUCUCAAGUGGAUGCAAUGAAAAAAGCAAAAAAAGGGAAGCAAGCACCUCCGAUCGUCGAGACACCAUUGGCAGCGAAUUCCUCGGAAAGAAGGGUUUCUCUGACCGAGGAAGAAGCCCGACGACUGCGCGAAGCCGCUCAGAAACGACUCCUCAUCAAGCAGCGUGAGGAAUUGGAGAUGAUGGCCCGCGAGGCCGCUCAGAAACGACGCGACGAGGCCGAGAAAAUGGCUCACGAAGAGGAGCAGCGACGGCGGGAAGCACAGCGCCGCGUGGAAGAGCUGCUGAAACGUGAGGAAGCGGAGAGGAAACGACGACAUGAAGAGGAACGGAAGCAUCGUGCAGAACGAGCAAGACUGCAGCGUGAAGAGCAAGAGCGGAAGAAACGGGAAGAGGAAGAGAGACGUCGUGAAGAGCAAGAGCACAAGAAACGGGAAGAAGAAGAAAAAAGACUCCGUGAGGAGCAAGCUCGGUUACAGCGUGAAGAGCAAGAGCGCAAGAAACGUGAGGAAGAGGAAAAGAGACGUCGUGAGGAACAAGCUCGAUUACAGCGUGAACAAGAGGAGCGAAAGCAAAGGGAGGAACUCCUUCGCAAACAGUUGCAAGAGCAAGAGCGCAAGAAACGGGAAGAAGAGGAAAAGAGACUCCGUGAGGAACAAGCGCGCAUGCAGCGUGAAGAGCAAGAGCGGAAGAAACGGGAAGAGGAAGAGAGACGUCGUGAAGAGCAAGAGCAUAAGAAACGGGAAGAAGAAGAAAAGAGACUUCGUGAGGAGCAAGCUCGGUUACAGCGUGAAGAGCAAGAGCGCAAGAAACGUGAGGAAGAGGAAAAGAGACGUCGUGAGGAGCAAGCUCGAUUACAGCGUGAACAAGAGGAGCGAAAGCAAAGGGAGGAACUCCUUCGCAAACAGUUGCAAGAGCAAGAGCGCAAGAAACGGGAAGAAGAGGAAAAGAGACUCCGUGAGGAACAAGCGCGCAUGCAGCGUGAAGAGCAAGAGCGGAAGAAACGGGAAGAGGAAGAAAAGAGACUUCGUGAGCAGCAAGCUCGGUUACAGCGUGAAGAGCAAGAGCGCAAGAAACGUGAAGAAGAGGAAAGGAGACGUCGCGAGGAACAAGCGCGCUUACAGCGUGAACAAGAGGAGCGAAAGCAACGGGAGGAACUUCUUCGCAAGCAAUUACAAGAGCAAGAGCGCAAACGACGCGAAGAGCAGCUGCGGAAGCGUCUCGACGAGGAAGAAAGUAAACGUAAAGAGAUAGAACAUACUCAACGGCAACAGGAUGAGGAAAUCCGACGCGCGGCAGAGCGGAGCUUGGCCGAAAAACAAAGACUCGCUCGAGACGCCCUUUUAGCAGAUACAUUUGUUCGUGGGGUAGUCUCAGAACACACUGGGAAAGCGGUCGAUGCGCAGAGUCAAUUACAUCAACAAGCUGAGAAACGGGCGGAGGAGCUGCGACAAAAGUUAAUGAGAGGAAAGCAGAUCAAGGACGUACAAGGACGCAAGGUCUCAGAGAGCGCGCCAGAGUCUCUCACAUCCAGCCCUGUGCAAUUGCCAGCUCAGCCCUCCACUUCAUCAUUCUCACAAACAAAAGAGACGACACCGGUCUCCACUAGUAGGGCUCCGAUACCCGGGUCAGGAUCCUCAUCAAAACUGCCCCUGGUAUCGCAUGUCCCCGUGACAACUGCCGUAGUGAGCGUUGUUCAUGACCUGUCUCCGAACCAACUUACGGCCUCUCCAAUUAUCUCGAAGGCGAAGCAACUAGAACUGGAAGAAGGAGAAAUCGAAGAGUUCUCUACACCAGUCAGCAGCAAGACCAAUAGUCCUGUGCCAGUUCAGCAGGUUGAAGUUUUGAAACGAACUAGCCAGCCGGCAAGCGUUAUUGGAUCAACUGCUGUACUUUCGGUUAGCUCCGGGCAGAAUGCAUUAUCCUCAACGCCUGCUGUGUGUGGUGCAAGGGUGAAAACUGAAAGUGCUAUCGCCAGUCCCGAAAUACCAUAUGAAGUGGAAACGCCAAGUUCAGCAAGAACAGGUCGUGAGCGUUCUAUGACCACGGAAAUCAAUCCGUUCGCCGUUGUGCGCUUCGCUAACGGACAACCAUCGGUGGGCCAACAAUUUUCGACUCAGAAUCCAUUCAUCCAGAAUUCGGCCAUGGGCCCAGGAUUCACAGGGGCCAAUUUGAUGGGUGGUUUUGGUGCUCCUGGAUUAGGUUUUCCCCUUGCUGACGGAGGAAUGUUUGCUACAGGGGCAUCCGCUAGCUUACCUCCGGAAAUCAGAGCUCAAAUUCUUGCGUCGCAUCAUCAAGCCCUGCAAACAUAUCAACAAGCCUUGACGCAAUUUACCGCUCACUUCUUGAAUCAAGCAGCCAUCUCUUUCCCUCAACCUCGACCGCAGGUACAAGGUAUGGUACCGCCUGCGGCACCAGUAUUCGGCCCCACCAUCCCGCCACAGCAAGGAACGCAGACCGGAUUUCAAGCAGAUACCACCCUUUCUGCACCAUUGUCAUCCACAGCCGCUAGGCAAGCUUUGCAACCAAGUGACCUUGGAAUGACAACAGGUGGGCGUCCCGGUGUUGUUCCAGCUAACCCUCCCCUAGCAUUCCCUGAACGUCUAAGGGCAAUGGGCGGAGCUCCAAACUUCAUUGGCUUUGGCGCCCCCCCAAUGAUGGGUGGAUUUACCUAUCCUCAAGGCGCAGUUUUGCCUCAGCAGCCUGGGAAUCCGACACCUUUUUCAAUGCCUACCAAUGGUCCACCGACGAUGAUGAACAUAAAUCCUCCUUCGGGUACAGCGCCGGGAGGGUAUACUCCAACUGUACCCUUUGUGGGCAGUUUAUCAGGCGCCGGCUCUAGCACCACGCCAACUCCUAUGCAACGAAUGGCUGGUGUUCCCGUUGGAGGAGCAACGAUGGAUGAGACUACUUUGAGGGGCAUUCAACAAAGGAUUGCUGAUAUGGCUAGACAACAAGGAUCACCACAAGGAAGCACGCAGGUGUCCCAUCCUGGAUUUCAAAGUUAGGCGGGCUCCAAAUUUCAUUUGAGUGAGGUGCGAGCAAAAUGCUUGAAGGUCAAUUCUUUUGAGAUUGAGUGGACUCUUAUGGGACAGUUGGGUUUCUGUAUAUUAUACUUUUAUUUUUUGCGUUCAUUGUCAUCUUUUGUGGUAGAAAAUAAAUGCGUUUUGCUUGUUA